UAAAUGUUAACCUAUGGCAGUGAUGAACAGGUAUAUGUCCUUGUUAUAAGGAUGUUUAGAAGGGUGGGGACAAUGCCUUAUAAAUAAAAUUAAUGACUAUCGUAGCAAUUCAUAAUUAAAAUGAAGCUUUCAGUGCUAAUUUCAGUACUUGCACCUCUAGUCGCAUGCGACGUGAGUCACCUCGGGUACCAAUACAACGUCCCAGCGACCAGCUACGACGUACCCUUUGGGUCCAUUGGUAAUUUACACCAUGACCGGCAGUACUACCACGUUAACAAACUUGGGACAACCCCUGCCUCAAUCCUGCAAACCCCCAUCCACGAGUUCACCCCCUUCACAGGGGGAGAAACGUACCAUUCGUUCAUAAACCAACGAGGGCCGGUUUUGGACUCCUUUAACAACGUAGUCCCAACUGUUAGUUCCACCCCAGGCCCGGUUUUGGACUCAUUUAACAACGUAGUCCCAACCCCAGGCCCGGUUUUGGACUCAUUUAACAACGUAGUCCCAACUGUUAGUUCAACUCCAGGCCCGGUUUUGGACUCACGAGGCCAAACUUCGGACGUGGAAGUCCAAAAACACUUAUACUUCUUCUCCGCUCCUGAAGAACCCGAAGAAGUCAAACCGAGGAUUAUUGUCCCCCCUGCCCCCGCUAAGAAAAAUGUCAAAGUCUUGUUUAUCAAAGCGCCGACUUUCCGUACUUCCCCUGUUGAAAUUCCAGUGUUGCCACAGAAUGAAGAUAAGACUUUGGUCUACGUUUUGGUGAAGAAACCGGAAGAAGGAACGAUUAUUCUUCCCACUCAACCGCCUACUAAACCUACCAAACCUGAAGUGUAUUUUAUCAAAUAUAAGACACAGAAGGAGGCCGAAGAGGCCAUUUCGCAUGUGCAGAGUGGUGGAGGAGGUGAUGUUUCUCUUAGUGCUAAUUCAGUUGAUGAUCAUAAUUUUCUCAGUGGGAUUCAGGAGAGUGAUUUGAGUCAGAAAUUGGGGCCUGAUGUUGGGUUUAACCAACAGCAAGGUUUUGGGGGCUUUGUGGGGCCUAAAAUAGAUUCCUUUUCGACGACUUUGAGUCCCUUGGGGGUUGUCUCGACGACGCCUUCGACCAUUGGGGUGCAUCAAGGCUUUGGGGGCUUUGGGAGCUUUGCGGGGCCCAAAAUUGAUUCCUUUUCGACGACUUUGAGUCCUUUGGGGGUUGUCUCGACGACGCCUUCGACCAUUGGGGUGCAUCAAGGCUUUGGGAGCUUUGCGGGGCCCAAAAUUGAUUCCUUUUCGACGACUUUGAGUCCUUUGGGGGUUGUCUCGACGACCCCUGCGACGAUUUUGCAAGGGGGUGGGAUUCAUCAGGUUUAUGGGCCUCCGCAGAAACGGUCUUAUCAUUGAAUAAAUAAAUUUUGUGAU